GCCGAGCGCGGCGGCGCCUGAGCGUGCGGGGCGGUGCGGGGCCGAGCGCUGUGAGGCGGCGGAGCGGGGCCGCCCGGGCCCUCCUGUGCGCGGCAUGGCAGCGGGCGCGGGGCCCCCCGCAGCCUCCCCCGGGCCCGGCGGCAGGAGGUGGCGGAGUCCCGGCCGAGCGGCGCAGCGGCCCGUGGGUUAGGCCUCGACGCCGCCCGCCCCGCCUCGCUCCCCUCUCGAGGCCGCCCAGUGCGGCUCCGCCGCCGCCGCCGCCGCUCCCCGUCCCUCCGUCCGCUCCCUCGCGGCGGGGUGGGGGGGGUCUCUCGGGGCCGCUCCCCCCGGGCUGGAUGAAUGUGGGAGAAGAUGGAGACGAAGACGAUCGUCUACGACCUGGACACCUCCGGGGGGCUGAUGGAGCAAAUCCAGGCCCUGCUGGCUCCCCCUAAGAGCGAAGAUGGGGAGAAGAGGAGCAGGAGGCCCGAGAAGGAGCCCAGGAGAAGUGGCAGGGCCACAAACCACGACAGCUGCGAUAGCUGCAAGGAAGGAGGGGACCUGCUGUGCUGCGAUCACUGCCCCGCCGCUUUCCACCUCCAGUGCUGGUAAGGCUCCGUGCUCCCGCCCUCCUGGUCCGUGUCCCUGCGGUUGGGGCCCCUAUUAAGUGCCCGCCUGUGAGCCCUGCUGUGCUCCGUGCCCCCCCGCCCUCCCCCCCCUUUAAAUGCCUUCAAUCCACAC